AUGGAUCGCCAAUCGGUUUAUUCAGCGCACGUUUACGAGCCCAGUUACGGUGAAAACGGCGACACACGACUUCAACUGUUGCAGCAGCUGGAAACAUUCAUUCUAGACUUUCGACUUGACAAUAAUUUUGUCUACCGUGAUCAACUACGAGAGAAUGCUCUUCUCAAGCGAUUCUACUGCGAUGUCAACAUCAGCGACCUAAUCAACUUCAACGAGGAGCUCGCUCAUAAGCUAGCCUCUGAACCUGCCGACAUAAUCCCCCUCUUCGAGGCUGCCCUCAAAAAAUGUACACAUCGAAUCGUCUUCCCCCACGAGAAGGAGGUCAACCUUCCCGAUCACCAACUCCUUCUCCAUUCCGAUGCGGACGACGUGUCAAUCCGUAACCUAGAUUCCAUGACUAUUGCGAGGCUUGUCCGUGUACCCGGUAUUGUCAUUGGCGCUUCUGUCAUGUCAUCCAAGGCCACAGAGCUGCACAUCCAGUGCCGCAACUGUCAGUUUCAGGAGACCAUUCCUGUCUUGGGUGGCUUUACCGGUGUAACGCUCCCUAGGCAAUGCGGUCGAAAGCGAAUCCCCAACGACCCAACCGCAAAGUGUCCCCUGGAUCCUUAUUUUGUCAUGCAUGAGAAGUCACAAUUUGUUGACCAGCAAAUUAUCAAGUUACAAGAAGCACCGGAUCAGGUACCUGUUGGCGAGUUGCCGCGCCACGUCCUCGUCUCUGCUGAUAGAUACCUUACAAACCGUGUUGUCCCUGGAUCAAGGUGCACGGUCAUGGGUAUCUUCUCAAUCUACCAAAACAAGGCAUCCAAGAACUCGUCAACCAGCGGGGCAGUUGCCAUCCGGACUCCGUACCUAAGAGCGGUUGGCAUCCAGACCGACUUGGAUCAUACUGCCAAGGGACAUGUCACGUACAGCGAGGAAGAGGAGCAAGAGUUCUUGGAAAUGAGCCGACGGCCGGAUCUGUACAACAUCAUGGCGGACUGCAUCGCACCCUCAAUCUACGGAAAUCGCGACAUCAAGAAGUCUAUUCUUUGUCUGCUGCUAGGUGGAUCGAAGAAGAUCCUUCCGGACGGUAUGAAGUUGAGAGGCGACAUCAACGUACUGCUUCUUGGCGACCCUGGUACGGCAAAGUCGCAACUUCUCAAGUUUGUGGAGAAGGCGGCACCAAUCUCCAUCUACACAUCCGGUAAAGGUUCUUCCGCAGCAGGUCUGACGGCUUCCGUCCAACGAGACCAAUCUUCGAGAGAAUUCUAUCUAGAAGGCGGUGCCAUGGUUUUGGCUGACGGUGGUGUGGUGUGCAUUGACGAGUUUGACAAGAUGAGGGACGAAGACCGUGUCGCAAUCCACGAAGCCAUGGAGCAGCAGACCAUUUCGAUUGCCAAGGCCGGCAUCACCACCAUCCUCAAUGCCAGAACAUCUGUGCUGGCAGCAGCCAACCCCAUCUUUGGUCGCUAUGAUGACAUGAAGACGCCCGGAGAGAAUAUUGACUUUCAAACCACAAUCUUGUCCCGUUUUGACAUGAUCUUCAUUGUCAAGGACGAGCACACCCGCGAGAAGGAUGAGAGAAUAGCCAAGCACGUAAUGGGUAUUCACAUGGAUGGUCGCGGUGCCGAAGAGGUCGCCGAGUCCGAGAUUCCGGUUGACAAGAUGAGACGAUACAUCACAUACUGCAAGACGCGAUGCGCACCUCGUCUCAGCCCCGAAGCAGCGGAAAAACUCUCAUCGCAUUUCGUCUCAAUACGACGUCAAGUUCACGCCGCGGAACUCGAAGCCAACACCCGCUCAUCCAUUCCCAUCACAGUCCGUCAACUCGAAGCCAUUGUCCGUAUCACGGAGUCUCUCGCCAAAAUGACUCUCUCACCAAUUGCCACGGAGGAGCAUGUUGACGAAGCCAUUCGCCUGUUCCUUUGCUCCACCAUGGAUGCCGUCAACCAGGGUUCCAAUCAGGGUAGUCGCGAGUUGAAUGAGGAAGUGAAUCGUCUUGAAGUUGAGCUCAAGCGUCGAUUACCGAUCGGAUGGAGCACAAGUUUGGCUACACUGAGAAGAGAAAUGGUGGAGGGUAAAGGGUAUAGUGAGCAGGCGCUGAACAGGGCGCUUAUGGUGCUACAGCGACGGGAUACAAUUAUGUUUAGGAAUUCGGGUGCACAGGUAUAUCGACACGGAGCUUAA